AUGGCAUUAUAUGGUCGUUUGCUUUAUGCAUGGUUACUAGUGCUGGUAUUCUCGUUACAAGCAUUUCGCGGUGGAUUUGCACAUAGCUGCUGCUCUGACAACAAUGGUGGAUGUGAUCCAAAUGCUCUUUGUUCAGAAGACCCAAAUACAGGUGCAAUGACAUGCACCUGCAAUGUUGGUUAUGCCAACACUGGUAGCGACGACAAUGUUGUCUGCACAGACCGUUGCACUGUCAACAAUGGAGAUUGUUGCCCACACGCCGAUUGCUCACAUGAUGAUGCGACAUUUGAUGUAAAAUGCACCUGUAAACCUGGUUAUACCAACAGGGGAUCAAAAUCGAAAGUGAUAUGCACAAAUACGGGAUCGGCGUCGGGAGAGACAGACACAGUUAAUAUUCCUGCUGAUGCUGAAUGGGAAUCGAACGGAAUGACUAUUGCUGGAGGUAACGGAAAAGGAAAUGCCGCUAAUCAACUCUUCUGGCCUGGUGGUCUCUUCGUUGAUGAUAAUCAAACAGUAGUUAUUGCUGACUUCGGGAAUCAUCGUAUCAUGCAAUGGAAGCACUGUGAUCGAAGGAGUGGAAAAGUUGUUGCUGGUGGUAAUGGUCAAGGAAUUGGAUUGCAUCAAUUGAAUCUGCCAACUGAUGUAUUAAUUGACACAAAGACGAAUAGUCUUAUUAUUUGUGAUUGGGGGAAUCGUCGAGUUGUACGAUGGUCUCGUCAUAGAGAUAACACACAAGGUGAAGUACUCAUCUCCAACACACAAUGUUGGGGAUUAGCAAUGGAUGAACAGAGAAAUCUCUACGUUUCUGACAUCGGAAAACACGAAGUAAGACGAUAUCGGUUGGGUGAGCAGACUGGCACUGUCGUAGCUGGUGGUAAUGGGUGUGGGUGUGGGAAUGCGCUCAAUCAAUUGAGCAACCCGACUUAUCUCUUUGUCGAUCGAGAGCAUUCAGUGUACGUAUCAGACAAAAACAAUCAUCGUGUAAUGAAAUGGAAAAAAGGUGCAACACAAGGUAUUUUGGCUGCUGCAGGAAAAGGGUUUGGGUGUUCUCCGACACAGUUGAAUAGUCCACAAGGACUCUUCGUUGAUGCGUCGGGUACAGUCUAUGUAGUAGACUCGGCGAAUCAUCGUGUAAUGCGUUUUACUAAAAGAGACACGACACAAGGCACUGUAGUUGUGGGUGGAAAUGGCGCAGGAGCACUAGCAAAUCAGUUGAUCACCCCUUUUGGUUUGACUUUCGAUCAAAAUGGAAAACUCUAUGUCGUCGAUAAUAAUAAUCAUCGUAUUCAACGAUAUUCUCUCCAAGAACACUGCUGA